GACUGGCAAGAGGCCUAACAGUCAAACAAAGGACAUGACAUAGAGAACUGCAGAUUUAGGUACUAAAGAAUAUUGAAGUGCUACCAAAGAUCUGGUACUAUACAAAACAGAAUAAACAAAAGAUUACUUAAGGCGUGGACAUCAAACAAAUGAUGCAAGAAAUGAGUUGGUUUUUUUUUUUUUCCCCCUGUGGAGCAAAUACCUUUUAAGUUCAUCUCAUAAUUUACAAUUCUGUCCAUCUUAGUCCAUAAAUAGGGUGAAAUUCUACUCACCUUGUGUACUUCCCUUUAGCUAACUUUAGAUAUUACAUUAAUAUAUACACAUCUACAGCUGAGCUGGUCAUUUUGUGCUCCCUUUACCAAUAAUUGAGAAGUGCUGGCACUCUCACAGUAUGACUCAUCUGAUUUUAGGGUGAGAUGGACAGAAUGCGUGUGCUUCCACUGAUUCUUAAGUAGAUGCAGAAGACAAGCACAGACCUAGACUUCUGUAUAGCAGGAAUGUAAAAUUUUUAAGAUAAAGUCCUCUCUAUAAUUCAUCACUUUUAUACAAUGUAUGUGUUCCAAAAAAAAUUAGUACAUACUGAAGAAUAUCAGAGUAUUUCCCAGGGGUACUUAGUAAGUCUAUGUUAAGUCAUCUGCAUUUGAUAACAUUAAUUCCAUGCAAUGUCUGGCACUUCUGGUCCAACAAAAUAUAUCAGAUAACAUCUUUAUUGUAAAACAUUACCUUACACAUACAUCCAGUAUAAAUACAACUGAGGACAUAGGCUAUUUAAAAAACUUGCUUCAAAAAUUAUUUAAAAUUUGGAACAGUAGCAGGUUAGCAUGUACAAUCAUUUGUGCAUUUAAGGUCCUUGAAGGCUAGGUCAUAGUAAGGCUGAGGUAUAUUGGGGUAUAUUCCUAAUGUCUGCUCGGAAGUGAAUGUCAAGAAAAAACAGAGAGCUACAAAAAUGGAAAGCUUCAACAUUUUCCAAAUGUUUCUACAUUUCCAAAUGAGGAAACAAAUGGAACCCAGUAAAUGUGAUUUUUUUUUUUUUUUUCCCAAUUAGUAGAAGACCUCAGGCUUUGUAUUGACCUGACAGUGCAAGGUCUCAGAAUUUGUCUGGGCUGGUCUCAGAUUGAGUUGGCUUUAGCUUGCUUUAACAGUGGUCUAGUGGUCAAGUGAGUAUGGCGUGAUGUGUUUUAUCUUAACCUUGGUCAAUGCCACAUAUGGCAACAGUCUGACAAACUGAGUCAGUCAGUCUGUACAAAAUGACAGCCAUUUCUAUCAGCUGAGGCUGGGAAGGCUGCAGAGCAACUCUCAGACUUGAGCUGGAAGCCGAUGAGAAGGAAGCAGAUUGUGUUAAAAAACAAAACAAAACAAAACAUAUAAACACUAUCAGGUUACAAGAUGGGAAGAAGAAAGCAGGCAUCUCCUCCUGGGAGAAAGAAGAAACCCCGCAGUGGGAACACUAUCCUGAGGGAAGACCUCAUGAUUCUGUCAUCUUCUAAGCCCCGCCUGCAUUCUCCUUGAGAGGGACAGAUAGGUCCCUUAGGAUCCAGAGGAACAUUUGAAAGGUGACCUUAACACCAAAGAAAAGUGUAGAUACUAGCUGCAUUUUAAAAGAGAGAAUCUUCUCUAGGAGAUAACUUGGACUCUUAAGACUGUUAAAACACUAAUUGGGCUGACAAUCAAUUAAUCCUGAAUGUCUAUUAAAAAAUCCCCAACACUUCAUUAUUAAGUAUCCCCGUAUUGCUGUUUAUCCACUAGAAAACAUUCAAAUUAUACUAGUUUUUGUCUUCAAAGGGAAGUAUACACAUUGUCUCAGUAUUGCCUCAGUCUAUCCUUUAUAAGAAGAAAAGUCUUGGCUUGAUUAGGCUGGAAACUUGCUUUUAUGUGAAGUACAAGUUUCAAGAAGUCAGGAAGGGUAGAAUUGUAGCAUUUGUUAAGUGACGCUUUGACUCACAGGUUUGUAAUGGAAUUUCCUCCUAUCUUAAGGAAAGCAAUAUGUCAAUGACUAGUUCUUACUCAUCAUUAAAAAUUUGUGCUUGGAAAGAAUAUAAAAAUGUUCCUUAAAAAGAAUAUUAUAAGAAUUCAUGAGGACCGUUCUCUUUUUAAAUUAAAUUUGUCUGACAGAUCCAUGCAUUAGAAAUAUAAAACACUGUAUUUAUAAAACAUUCAUAUUUGCUUUGAGAAUAUGGUUGAAAAAUUAUGCUACAAAAAUUGAAAUCCUGAGGUAUCUAGCAUCGAGUUACAGGAGCUUAAUUACAGUACUUAAUCUUUGCUAGUGCACUAUGAAGAUUUUUAAUAACGUGACAACUGAAUAGAAGUGGCAAAAAUUUGGCACUUCCAGUGUUUAGACUAGUCAAACACUUUUAAGGGUAAGUGGUCUAGAAACAUUAUGAUCAGUUCCACAUGUCCAGCUACUAACUCAAAGAUACACACGCUUUAUGAUUCCUCUGAACUGCGUAUGUUUCCUUCUUUUUAGCAUGGGGUGGAGAAUGUUACCAUUUUCUCUGGUGUGUGUUUUUGAACAUCUCCAACUGUACAAAUACAUACAGAGGCACAUACAUGCGUGAGCAGUUGCCUUCUUUUGUAUGAGCGGAAUACUUGCUAGAAUUGCAGAGAUGAAAGCCGUUCAGUGGUCCGAGAAGCCAGUGCCACUACAUGCUUCGCAGGACUGAACACAAAGUGAGAGGACAGAAGCCAGAAAUAAAUCAUCUGAAUGAAAAGUUACCCAGUUGGAGGCCUCUUAAGGAGUCCAGGUGCAUUUGCAUACAGACACCCAAGCACUCUACAGUGAGCAUUUCUUUCCUUGCAACUUGGUAUUGUCCUAAAAUUACCUGACACGGCUCACCCUUCUUCCCCACUCUCUCCGCACAGCUCGCUCUUGACCGCCCUUUGACUAGUUUGGAUCAGAAACCUCAGGAACACGCCAGACUGAAGAAGUAAGAGCGGAGGCGCGGGUAGAGCCCACGCUGGGGCACAGACGUGGUUUGGGGAGCGCCGAGCCUGCAGCCACGGACGAGCCGCCCCCCAGCACAGAGGGCCGAAGGCCACGGGAACCCAUCGCCGGGAGAGCCGGAGGCCCCGGCGCUGCCGGGAGCUGCCCCCACGCCGUCUUUGACCACGCGGAGUAGAACCGGGGUGGGCCGGCACCGCGGCGAGACGCGUUUGUCCACAGGGAAAAGGCAGCGGGCGGCGCCGGUGCGGGCGGUGAGGGAGGGAGGGAGGACGGCGGAGGAGGAGGAGGCGGAGGUGCGGCCUGCCGCCGGGGUAGGCCUGGGCACAGCGCCGGCUUCCCGCGGCGUAGAGAGGGCAGGGAGGAGGGCGCGGGAGAAUCUGGCGGGGCGGGGCCGGGUCACGGCCACGGCCACGCAGGCCCCACGCCGCGUUUCGCCCCGCCUGCUCGCUUUACGGCAGCGUCGUGACCGCGCCGGCUCUUGGCGGCAGCGGAACCGGCGGGCCGGAAGGCAGGUGCUUGAACUGGGAUUUGAUUUUUCAUCCUAUGGAUCACUGAAUGAGUAACAGAUGGCCUUGCCUCGUCUUACAGGCGCUUUACGCUCCUUUUCAAAUGUCACUAAACAUGAGGAUUACAGUGAAGAAUUAGCUGACUUAACGACUAAGAGAUCAAAACUAUACGAAGAGUUGCUGAAGUCUGAUCUUACUUGGAAGAAAAUAAUAAAGUUUGUUGAUGACAAUUUGGACAAAAAAGAACACCAAACUGUAAACAGUGAUUUAAAAACUAUAUUACAAGCUGCAAAACAAAUAGUUGGAGCUGAAAAUGGACAAGAGGCAAUUGAAAGCGGAGCUGUUUUUCUCUUUAAGACAUUUCACAGGAAAGAAUGUGUUGGCCAUGAUGAGACAAAGGCGAUCAAGCAGAUGUUUGGGCCAUUUCCAUCAUCAUCUGCUACUGCAGCUUGUAAUGCCACAUGUCGUAUUGCUUCUCACUUCACUGAAGAACAGCUUACAUCCCUCAUACAGAUGGCUGAAGAGGAAAAUGGUGAUAACAGAGUGUUCUUCGGUAAAAAUAUAGUGUUUUCAUUUGACAUGCAUGAUUUGGAUCACUCUGAGGAGCUGCCUGUGAAUGGUGAGGUUGAUGCACAGAAAAUUAUAAGCUUAGAUUAUAACAAAUUUCUGAAUAACCAGCUGAAUCACUUACAGAAUUACUGUGAUGGGAAAUCAGAUCUCAAGUCUUUAGAAAAAGUAGAUGAUUCUUUUUUAUGGUGUGAAGUUGGAAAGUAUCUGAAUGAAUCUCAAGGGGGUACCCCCGGAGGGCCAACAACAGAAGACCUCUGCUGCACUUUGUACGAGAUGCUUGCUUCUACCAAAAGUGGCGAUGAACUUCAAAAUGAGUUAUUUGAACUGCUAGGCCCAGAAGGUUUUGAACUCAUAGAGAAACUCCUACAGAACAGAUCUCUCAUUCUGGAAAGAUCUUUGACUUGUCCAAAUGAUAACAGGUUCCAGAUUCUGCAAGAACAGUGCAAGAAGUUUAUAGGAGAAAAUGCUAAGCCGAAUUAUGGUUGUCAAGUUACAAUUCAAUCUGAACAAGAAAAGCUGUUAAUGAAACAAUAUCGUCGUGAAGAAAAGCGAAAUGCCAGAAAAGAAAAACAAGCUGGGGAAGAUGGAGAAGUUUCUGGAGAGGGACUAAUGUGCUUUGAUCCCAGAGAGCUCCGGAUGCAAAGAGAACUAGCACUUUUGAAUGCUCGAAGUAUGCCAGUCCUAGGUAGACAGAGAGAGAUGGACUUCGAAAAAACUCAUUAUCCACAUGUUUAUGAUUCCCGAGCUGAAGCUAUGAAAACAUCAGCAUUCAUUGGGGGUGCAAAGGUGUUCUUACCAGAGGCAGUUCAGAGAGAAAACAAUAAAAUGUAUGAAGAGGUGAAGAUCCCCCAUAGUGAACCAAUGCCUAUUGGUAUUGAAGAGAAAAUUGUUUAUAUUAAAGAUUUAGAUGAGAUUGGACAACUUGCUUUCAAAGGCAUGAAAAGACUAAACCGAAUCCAGUCUAUAGUUUUUGAAACUGCCUACAACACAAAUGAGAACAUGCUAAUCUGUGCCCCCACUGGAGCUGGGAAGACUAACAUUGCCAUGCUGACAGUCCUUCAUGAAAUUCGCCAGCAUGUCCAGCACGGUGUUAUCAAAAAGGAUGAGUUUAAGAUUGUGUAUGUUGCUCCUAUGAAGGCUUUGGCAGCUGAAAUGACAAAUUACUUCAGCAAGCGUCUGGAACCACUGGGCAUUACUGUGAAAGAGUUGACUGGUGAUAUGCAACUGUCAAAAGGUGAAAUUCUGCGAACACAGAUGCUUGUGACUACUCCAGAGAAAUGGGAUGUAGUGACAAGAAAAAGUGUUGGUGAUGUAGCCCUCUCUCAGCUGGUAAAACUCUUGAUUCUCGAUGAAGUUCAUCUAUUGCAUGAAGACAGAGGACCAGUACUUGAAAGUAUAGUAGCACGUACUUUACGUCAGGUUGAAUCUACACAAAGUAUGAUUAGGAUUUUGGGCCUGUCAGCUACAUUACCCAAUUAUCUUGAUGUUGCUACAUUUCUACAUGUCAAUCCCGUCAUUGGACUAUUCUACUUUGAUGGCCGUUUCCGACCUGUACCGCUGGGACAAACCUUUAUCGGAAUUAAGACAACCAAUAAGGUGCAGCAGCUGAAUCAUAUGGAUGAAGUAUGUUAUGAAAAUGUGCUGAAGCAAAUAAUGGCUGGACACCAGGUGAUGGUGUUUGUUCAUGCUAGAAAUGCCACAGUCCGAACUGCUAUGGGUCUUCGCGAAAAAGCAAAAAACAAUGGUCAUAUUUGUCACUUUUUGUCACCCAAGGAUCAGAUUAUGGGCAAGCUGAAAAACAGGCUCUCACAUGAGGUUACUACGAAGAAGCUUCAGGAAAAAUAA